CUCUUCCUUUUUCCUUCUUUCGUUGUUUGCCGUCGCUCGUCCCCCACCUUCAUCAUUUCCUUCCCCUCUCUCCCUUUCUCUUCUUUUUUUUCUUCCUCCUCUUCAUUCUUCUUCUUCUUCUUGCAAUGGAAGGUGUAGGAGACGACGCUGGGGAGGCAAUGAGAUCUCUGGCCGAUCGUGGCGCCGUCCGAAUCGCUCGAUGCUAAACUCGGGGAACGGGGGAAGCUUUGAUGCUGAUUUUGGGGAUGGAGUGGUGUUACUUAAUCGCGGAUAACACGAAAAUUUGAAUUUUUUUUCUUUCAGAUAUGUGGUAGAAUUUUCGAGCUAUUUCCUCCCGAUCUACCCUUCAUAUUGCAUCUUUGGAUUGGGAUUUCUCCUCUUGGUUGCGGAUUUCUUGUGAAGAAAAUGUGUUCAGAUGAAAAACACGUUUUUUAAUCUGAUCGCAGAACUUUCCAAGGAGCUCAAUAAGUUAUUGCUGUAGUCAUUUAUUUGGAGAUGUUAAAAAAAGGAGAAAGUGAUUAAGAGCAUAAUCUGCCUGCCUCCAAAAGACAAAAAAAAAAAAAAAGUCUUAUUUACCCAUCGAUCUUCUCCUGGAAUACACCCCUACAUCAUCUGCGUCUUUAUUCAAUUAAAAUUUAGUUGUUUGCAUCUAAGCAUGAUUAAGCAGAUCCUGAACCGGCUCCCUCGAAAGCCAUCAAAGUCUGAUGGUCGGGAUUCAGUUGGUGGCCCUGCUUCAGUAUCAUCAUCUUCUUCUUCAAGUAGUGCUAGGAGUGGAGAUCUACAAACAAGUAGGAUCACUCAUUUGAACAGUCAGAUUUCUGGAUCGCCUCCUGGAUCAAAUAAUCUAAUGCAUCCUUCAAUUGUUAAUCCAAGGAUGAAUGGAAAUUACAUACCCCCAGUCUAUGAAGCAUUACCGAGCUUUAAAGAUGUUUCUAACACUGAGAAACAGAGCUUACUUGUGAGAAAAUUGGACCUAUGCUGUGUCGUUUUUGAUUUUACUGACCCAACAAAAAAUCUGAAGGAGAAAGACAUAAAGCAACAAACUCUACUAGAGCUUGUUGAUUAUGUAGCUUCUACAAGCGGGAAGUUUCCUGAGACUGUGAUGCAAGAGAUUACAAAGAUGGUGUCCAUCAACUUGUUCAGGACCUUAACUUCCCCACCUCGAGAGAGCAUGAUUCUAGAAAAAGUUGAUGGAGAUGAGGAAGAACCUAUGAUGGACCCUGCAUGGCCACACUUGCAAAUCAUCUAUGAAUUCUUUCUACGAUUUGUUGCUUCUCCAGAGACAGAUGCUAAGUUGGCAAAGAGGUAUAUAGACCAUUCCUUUGUUCUCAAGCUGCUUGAUCUUUUUGAUUCUGAAGACCCAAGAGAGAGGGAGUACCUAAAGACCAUACUUCAUCGUAUAUAUGGGAAAUUUAUGGUGCACCGCCCAUUUAUUAGGAAGGCGAUUAAUAACAUCUUUUAUCGAUUCAUCUUUGAGACAGAAAAGCACAAUGGAGUUGCUGAGCUGUUGGAGAUUUUAGGAAGUAUUGUCAGUGGCUUUGCAUUGCCACUAAAGGAAGAGCAUAAGUUGUUUCUUGUACGUGCAUUAAUCCCACUUCACAAACCACGAUGCAUGGCUAUGUAUCAUCAGCAGCUGUCAUAUUGCAUAACUCAAUUUAUUGAAAAGGAUUGCAAACUUUCAGAUACUGUCAUACAUGGGUUGUUAAAGUACUGGCCUCUUACAAAUAGUUCGAAAGAAGUAAUGUUCCUAGGGGAGUUAGAAGAAGUCCUAGAAGCAACCCAGGCUGCAGAUUUUCAGAGAUGUAUGGUUCCACUGUUUCAGCGGAUUGCUCGCUGCUUGAGUAGUUCUCACUUCCAGGUGGCUGAAAGAGCAUUGUUCCUUUGGAAUAAUGAUCAUAUUGAAACCUUGAUCAAACAGAAUAGCAAGGUUAUACUACCUGUCAUUUUCCCUGCAUUGGAGAGAAACUCAAAGAGUCACUGGAACCCAGCCGUGCAGAGCUUGACAAUAAACGUUCGCAAGAUUUUCUCUGACCACGAUCCUCAGCUGGUUGCGGAGUGUUUGAAGAAAUUCCAGGAAGAUGAAGCUCAACACAAAGAAAUGAUAUCCAAACGCGAAGCAACAUGGAAGCGUCUUGAAGACAUUGCUGCUUCGAAAACCAGCAGUGCGGCAUAGUUAUUCCACUCCGCAUGGUGUAUCUCAUUCAGUUUCUUUUCGUUGUUACACCUCGAUGUAGUAGCUCAGCAUCCGUGAUCAAGUGACGAGGUUAUGGGUUCUUGAUCCACUUAAUGUUUUCUCUCAGUACGUUAUUCCUUGUGUCUAGUUUUUUUGAUUGAAUCAACCUUUAUUACUGUUAUUUAGAAAGAAAAAAAAAAUAAUCAAAGGAGAUCUGAUUACUGCUU